ACGGCAAACGGUCGUGCCUUCCGCAUUGGCAGCACAUGGCGCCUUCUUUGUCUCUGUGCAGGAAACCACCAGUGUUUCUGCCAUGGACUGCACAGAACGAUGACUACCGACCAGCAGGACCAGAAUCCGGUGGCAGACACCGGACUUCUAGCUUCGUCCCUGAAAGUUGGCGCACUGAGUGCAUUUGCUGGUUUCACGUAUGGAGGUGCUUCGGGGAUUUUGAGAGCGACCAAGCACCCCAUUGUACACUCGCUCUCGCAUAGUAUUCACUGGGCUGCUUGGGGCAGCUCCUUUUGGUGGAUCCGAAGCAAUAUUCUACAUCUGCAUUUCCAAGAUCAUGCUACGCCACGGGAGCGAGUCUAUUCCAGUACGAUCUCUGGCGGUCUUUCAGGCGGCAUUGUGACGCGGUUGAUGGGAGGUAAAUUCAUCCCCGGCCUUGUCGUAUUCUCACUGGUUGGAUGUUUGGGACAGAGUGCCUGGAAUGUCGUCCAACGGCGACAGCAGGAGAACGAAGGCAAGGUUUCGAAGCCCAUCCUGCAGCGCAUGGCUGAGUCCAAGUGGAUUCCACUGCGGUCCCUAUCGGAUGACGAAUUCAAGCAUCUGCUGAACGAGAAAGUGUUAAGCAUUGAGGCGGAAAUGGCUCUUCUGGACGAGAAGAUCGAGGGCCUGCAGCGAGAGCGGGAUCUGGAGAUCAACCACAAGGGUGCGCAACGUGCCGAGGACCAGGCUUCCAAGCCUUGAUUGUUUUCACUGGUUGAAGUGUACAUGUCCAUGUAGAUAGACAUUUGCCACUGACUUCAAUGUUGUAUUAUGAUUGAUCUAGAUUUAUAUAUGAUGUAACUUUCUCAUAUUUUGGUACUGGACCGGUUGACGAGUAUGCUGCACAAAUAGAUUAGUUAUAAAUCGGAUAGUGAACAACCAUUAGCGUUGAAUGGAUGAUAAUUGCGAUGCGAAGAGGCCAAUGGGCUGGCAUUCAUCGUACUUAUCGAAAUGUAGCGCGCAACGGGAGUGGCGGAGCAAGAUAUACAG